ACAGACAACAUGUUCGGUGCAAAGUUUACGACAGGGCCGGUAGGCCAAACCAGGUUGAUCUCUGAUGAUUCAAAAGACUCCCAAACGCCCGGUUUCAGUUCGACGUUCAACCUAGCAGACUUUAACUUCAGCCCACAGGUUCCGAGUGAUACGAGCGCAGACAUGCCGAAGAAAAACAAGAAUUCGCAAUUCUCUAACGCGUCUCAAGGACCUGAAAUGAAGAAACAUGAGCUGAACUCAACCGAGAGAGAGGGACGCGGGCUCAAAGGUUCAGUUGAAGAUGGUCUGAAAGAUCUGACCAACUCAGUGUCGGACAUCAAGUUGACAGUUGAGAAACCAUCUAGCAAAACCGAAGGUGACCUUCUCGUGUCAGCACGCGCUUUCAUCAACCGCAGUGUCGGGGCUGCUAGCUUCAAUGGUAGAGCACAACAGAUCCGCAUGACACCUCUGCUCACUUGGGACGGUAAGCUUGCACAAGAGAAGCAUACUGGCUUCUACACCUUCGACCAAAUCUCACUCCUAGGCUACAAAACAAGAGACUGUUUGCCGUCUCCAGCCGGAAACUCUAAUGACCCAACAGAAGAAGAGCUCAUUGAGCCAAUCUUUCUCAACACCGAGACUCCAUGGUCUGCAUUCAUCUGUGGUUCCCAAGGCAGCGGCAAAUCUCACGCGCUCUCCGUGCUUCUUGAGAAUUGCCUCUACGAAGAUCGCAGUAUCGGCCGCCUUCCCAGGCCCCUUUCCGCCGUCGUCUUCCAUUACGACAACCAGUCCAGAGGCAGCGUUUGUGAAGCAGCGUAUCUCGCGUCUUUAGGUAUACCAGUUCGAGUGCUUGCCAGCGAGACUAAUUAUGCGACCCUGAAGGCUGCCUAUGGGAAAAUUCCGGGCGCAAAGGCAAACCUCACCGUGCAGGAAUUCGUCCUUAGACCAGAGGACCUGAAUACAGCCCGACUGCAGACACUGAUGGCGUUUGGCGAAAAGAAUGGACACCUGCCGCUGUAUAUGACUAAAGUCAACCAAGUCCUCCGUGUCAUGGCCCGCGUGCACAAGGACGGCGGCAUGCUCACCCUCCUCCGCUACCAGAAGUUCAAACGCGACCUCGCUGCACUCGACCUCUCAGACACCCAGCGCGGGCCCCUCGACCUCCGCGUCUCCUUGCUUGAAGACUACAUGAAGCUCAACCCUCCAAAAAACAGCGGCGGCCCCUACCUGCCCCUCUUCACCGCGCGCCCGGGCGAAUUGACCAUCGUCGACCUCAGCACGCCCCUCCUCGACCAAGCCGCAGCAUGCUCGCUCUUCAACAUCUGCCUCGAGCUCUUCCUAGAAGCCGACAACGGCGUAGCAAAGAUCGUCGGCCUGGACGAAGCGCACAAGUACAUGGGCCCGACCGACGCCAGCGCCGUGUUUACAAACACCCUCUUGCACGCCGUGCGUCUGCAGCGGCAUGCGGGCGUGCGCAUGGUCAUCAGCACGCAGGAGCCUACCGUGUCGCCGAAGCUGCUGGAUCUCUGUAGUAUGACUUUUGUGCAUCGCUUCAGUAGUCCGGAUUGGUUUGGUGUCUUGUCUGGGCAUAUCGCUGGGCUGGCUAAGAAGCCGGGCGAGGAAGGGGCUAGAGAUGGGAGGGAUCUGUUCCAGGAGAUUGUAGAGUUGAAAGUAGGAGAGAGCUACUUGUUUGCGCCGACUGCGGUGUUGGAUGUAUGCGAUGGAAAUGCUAUUGCACUGGGUGCGAAAGGGGUGAGGAUUAAAACAAGGAUGAGGCUGAGCGCAGAUGGCGGCGUUAGUCGGUUGGCUGGAGAAUAA